AAGCAUCUAGGUGGUCAGUAUCCACCACACGCAGUUCCUUUGCAGCAAGCCAGUCCUGAAAGAAGGAGGUGGGAUAUCAGUCGCGGUUGAAACCGGCAGACAUUUCCUUUCCUGAACCGACUUCGAUCCGCCUAACACAAGCUCAGUGUUCCUGGUGAGACUCACGUUUCCCAUUCAAAGACAAGAGCCGAUCAACAUAUCCAGCGGCCAUGGCAGAAGACGCCGACAUGCGUAAUGAGCUGUCCGACAUGCAGCAGCGUGCGGACCAGCUGGCUGAUGAGUCAUUGGAGAGCACCCGCCGCAUGCUGCAGCUGGUGGAAGAGAGCAAAGAUGCUGGUAUCAGGACUCUUGUCAUGUUGGACGAGCAGGGAGAACAACUCGAUCGUGUUGAAGAUGGCAUGAACCAUAUCAACCAAGACAUGAAGGAGGCCGAGAAAAAUUUAAAAGAUUUAGGGAAAUGCUGUGGCAUUUUCGUAUGUCCUUGUAACAAACUCAAGGGCAGUGACGCCUACAAGAAGGCCUGGGGGAAUAACCAGGAUGGAGUGGUGGCCAGCCAGCCCGCCCGCGUGGUGGACGAGCGCGAGCAGAUGGCCAUCAGCGGGGGCUUCAUCCGCAGGGUAACAGACGACGCCCGAGAAAAUGAGAUGGACGAGAACCUGGAGCAGGUGGGAGGCAUCAUUGGAAACCUGCGCCACAUGGCCCUGGACAUGGGCAAUGAGAUCGAUACCCAGAACCGGCAGAUCGACCGGAUCAUGGAGAAGGCCGAUUCCAACAAAACCAGGAUCGACGAAGCCAACCAGAGGGCCACGAAGAUGCUGGGCAGUGGCUAAGCUCAGACAGGAAGUGUCCUCACUCUCUGCACUGUUCCUGGAACAGUGCAAACGUGCUUUUAUCAUGGUAUUUACCUAAUAGGAUUGCACACAUGCACAUAUCAAACCCCCUCUCCCCUUGCCCCAAACCCCACCCCCAUUGUAAACGUCGUUCUGUGUCGUCUGUCUGCUUUUUAAAUGAUAGUCCUAGUAAACUGGUUUCCUUUUCUGUCUAUCUCUCUUUCCAAAGGUUGUAUAUAGUGCUGAUUUGAUGGCUCUAGCUCACUCGUGAAAUUUUCAUUCUUUUUUUUUUUUUUUAAUAUAUAUAUAAUAUACAUAUUAUAUUAUUUAUAUAUAAUAUAUAUAUAUAUCUUUGCUGGAUGACAACUAUUGUAGGAAUGCUAUACAAAAAUCUUUUUCCUUAUCAGUAUUUCAGUAUUGUCUGAGUAAAACGUGGCAUCCCAUUACGCUGCUACCACGCUCCUUAUUUCAGUGUUGCUGCAGUAACUGAAGGAGGGGAGGAGAGAGAGAGUGAAAGAGCGUCGAGGACUGACAAAAUUUCACAGCUGUUGUUCCCCCAGUUUCUUUCCCUCAUCAUGUUUUUACUUAUUUAUUUAUUUAUAUUUUUUUAAGUCCGUGUUAAGGCAACAUGCAACUAGAUGACGUAUCCGUUAAUAGACAUUGCACUUUUCGAGUGAUGUGAUUUGUGCAUUAUUGCAUGACCAAAUGAUAGAUUUUAGAAUCUUCUAAAUAAAAUGUUGAAUUUUAAAAAAAAGGAAAAAAAAAAAAGUUAUCUUAAAAUAUGGCAGUGGCAAACUGACAAUAAUCGCAUGCUCAGAAUUCUAGGACUCAGUUGCGAGUACUCAUGUUCCUGCAAGUUUGCAAUAGUGCCACUCUCUGUCGAUAUGUAUUCAUGGACCGUGAUCAUCAUUGUAAAAUAAUUCAAAAAAAUGACAAUAAAAAUACAAUAAGGCUGUAGCACAAACAACGACCUGUUUUUUGUAAAUGAAUAUGCAGCUGAAUGGAUUUGUUGAAUAAAUGAUUAAAGGAGGGGGACUGGUUGUUGUACUGUAUUAUAGAGUCUGGAUGCUCUUCACGAUGAAAAAAGACUGCAAAAAUAAGGUGCAUAUUUCCGAAAGAUGUUACUUUUUUAAGAAGACCGUAUCUUGUUUGUUUGCUCUCCACAUGUGGUUUGUUAUCAAGGGGGAAAUAAUCCCCCGACAAAACAAAGAAAAUACAAAUCGUUUUUGUUGCUUCUGUACCUAGAGCUAUGCACACCAAAUCACUGAGAUGUUGAGUAUUUCAAAUAAAAAGAUGGUUAUAAUACCUUAACUGAAUGAUAACAUUGGUUAAACUGUGAGAUCAAAAUUCCUCAACGCAUGUGAUAUAACCCCUCCUUAUGUUUCCUGUUGGUUUGUGAAGUGGUUGACAUUUUGUAGCUAGUUGAAAUGAAUAAAAGUAAUAAACCUCGA